CCAAAAUGGCGGCAGCCGUUGGCGCGGAGUCCCGUUUGUAGUUCCGCUGCUUUACUACUCCUGUUGCAAAAUGUGAAAGGAGGAACGGCUCGCGGAGGGGGGUUAUAGGCAAUGAGUCGGCGAAGGAAACAUGGGGACAGCCCUGGCCUGAAGAACACGCCGCGCAAAGCGGCGGCGGCUGAGGAAUGCAGCUCGGUGGUCGAGCCGGGGAAGAGGCGGCUGAGGUCGGCCCGCGGCUCAGGGCUCCGCGGGCCCGGAGAGCGGUCUCCCCGGGCCGGGCCACAACAAGAGCAGCCUCCGGCAGCCGCUUGGUGCAGUAAAAGUAACCCUGAGGAAAGGUAUGAAACACCAAAGAGAGUGCUGAAAAUGGAUUUGUCAUCUACCUUCAGUUCUCCAAAUGAUCCAGAUGGACAGAAUGAUAUCUUUUGGGAUCAGAAUUCUCCAAUGACAAAACAGUUAGGUAAAGGAAGAAGAAAACAGAUUUACACGACAGAUAGUGAUGAAAUCUCACAUAUUGUUAAUCGUAUUGCUCCUCAGGUGAAAUGGCUUUUUCCUAUCCUUUAUAGUGGUUGCACUUCUUUUUCUCCUUUCUCUACUUAUUUUUGUUCUUAUCCCUGUCUUGUUCUUAGCUUUAGUUCUAACCUUGCACUUAACUUGAAAACUAAUUCGGUGUUAAAAAUACAAAAUCAAGAGGAAGAACUUAUGAAAUUGGCUAAGCAAUUUGAUAAAAAUAUGGAAGAGCUAGAUGUGAUCCAAGAGCAAAAGAAGAGAAAUCAUGAUUUUAUCCAGACGAUUUCAGAAGCAGAGAUUUUAACUAAUUAUAAAGAUAAUGUACAGAUGCAGUUAUCACAUGAUAUAGUUCCAGAAAUAGAUAAUGCUAUAAUGAAGAACCCAAUGAAAGAAAACACCAAAAUGUCUGUGGUAAAUGAUCAAAAUAGCAGUCAGAAGCCAUUUGACCAAAAUGCUGAAGCAGCCUUUAAUGCCAUUUUUGAUGGCUCUACUCAGAAGUGUAGUGGACAGUUCAGCCAAGAUGUGUCAGAUGCUGUUUUGAACACAAGUAAUACUACCUUUGGAAAGAAAAGUGCUUUGAAAGAGGAGAAAAUCAUUACUAAUGAAACUCUGGUCACUGAAAAACUGCCAGAUAAAACUCCAGGAUCACUUUCUUGUCAAGUGGUUACUCCUGGAAUGACAAAAUCAUGUAUAACUUCUUAUACUGAGAAGCCAGAAGCUCUUAAUAAACACCUUGAUGCAUUUCUUACCAGUGAUUUUGAGGAUGAUUGGGAAAACUUACUAAAUAAUGAAUCUUUUGUUAUGCAGAAUGUCAAAAUGUGUGAACUUUUCCCUGCUCCUAAAACAGCCCAGAUUGCUGAUCAAAAGAGAAUUUGUAACUUUAACAAUAGAAAUGAUAGACAUAAGUCAAGAAUGAAUACAAGCUUAGAUGCCAGGUCAAUCGAUUCAAAAAUUGUACAAGAUCUCCCUUCAAAGACCUAUAACAGGGAAUUAAUAGAUUCUGGAAAAUACAGAUUGUCACUAAAUCCAAAUGAUGAACCAAACAAAUUACCAUCCACUGGAUAUAUAAUGAAACUUGAGAAAUCGUUCAAUAAAAUUGUUCAAGACUCUUCGGUUGCAUCUAAUCGGACAAUAGUAAAAGAUAUGCAUACUAAAUUUACUUCUAAUAUAAAUACUUUUGAAAAGUCUAAUUUGACCACAGGAUAUUCUAAAGAACAAGAAAGUAAGUCCGUUUUUAAUCAGUCUUUUAAAGCACCUGCUAAUGUAAAUCCUUUUGGCUCUGCAACUUUGGGCAAUGAAACCAGUGUUUAUAAUCCAAAUCAGACUAAUGCAUCAAAGUUAGGUUCUUUCUUUGAUGAUUGGAAUGAUCCAUCAUUUGCCAAUGAAAUUGUUAAAGCAUGCCAUCAAUUAGAGAAUACCUGGGAAGCAGAUGAUGUAGAUGAUGAUUUAUUAUACCAAGCAUGUGAUGAUAUUGAAAGACUAACUCAGCAACAAGACAUUAGAAAGGACAGCAAGAUAUCAGAAAGUACAGUUGAGAUCAAUAAUAGUUCCAAACAUGGAGCCAAAAACAUAUUUACUACAUCUAAACAAGAAAGUCAGUUGGUGCAGUCGAAGGAUUUGAAUCUGAGCAGCAUUUCAGAGCACACAUCUUUCACAAAUCACUUGCAAUUAAAUAAACCAGUGAAGAUGGAUAAAGGGGAAAUCUGUGGAAAUUCUCCAAGUUUUUUAGGUGCUACAACAAAUUUGACAAUAUAUCCGAAGAACUCAAAUUAUCAUAUCAAUAAUCUGCAUUUCUCCUGGAAUAACACUGAUGUUCCAAUGCAAGUGAAGAGUCCACAGUCAGCUCUUAUGGGAAGUUCAGGUUUGAAUGUGAAUUCGGAUUAUAGGAAUACAGAAACUGCUGCUUAUAAGAAGAAAUUAAGUACUCAGCAUGUAUCCCAUAGAAGUACAACAGAUGGAGGAGGUCAGAGUGCCCUUAACAGAACAGUUAGAUCUCCUAAGUAUACAUUUACAAAGAUCAAAAAUUCUCAAAUUCUUUCCCAGUUUAAUCAAAACUGUACACCAGGAAGUAUUUCUGAUACCAAAAUUACACAGGGUUUGGAGGAAAAUAAAACGCCUGUCAACCCAUUUUGUGGGAAGGCUAUUAAACAACAGUGUUUGGUGAAACGUUCUGAAUCUUUGAAACAACCUUCAAAAGAGGAAGAAGAGAAAAAUAAAAAGUAUUCUCCUGAAGAAAUUCAAAGAAAAAGACAAGAAGCGCUGGUGCGAAGAAUGGCCAAAGCACAGGCAUCAUCAGUAAAGGCAGCUCCCACUUAACUUGAUUUCUUUAAUGAAAUAUUAUUUGGAAGACUUGACAAAGACAGUUAACAACUAUCUAUGAUAGAAAAUAUUUUUUUCUUGAUUUCUCUGUGAGAAAUUUAAUGCUGAGUUAUAAAGCAUGGACUUCUAUUUUAUUUAAUAAAUUUGUUUGCAAUGGUUAACUAAA